UUUGUCUCUGGCUGCUGCCAUGGCUGCAACUUGUUUCAUCUCUUUCUUUCCAGGUCGCCCCGCCAUCACACGUUAGCAGACUGCUGGCCGCCCUGUCGAAUGUGCUUGUCCUCCUUUCUUGAGAUAAGUUGCUAUGACAUUCGCAAGGAUAGCCAUGGUUUCAGCCGUCUAGGCCUGGUUUUAGUGCCUGAGGUCGACGCGUUUUUAGGGUUUCGUCGUCCACCAGCGGCUAGAAGUGCGAGGUGGUCAACGGCGGUGGCUGCAUGGGCGCCUCGGCGGAUCUCGAGAGCGAGCGGGAAAGCUCGAACCCCGCCAAGCGCAGGAAAUGCGAGAAUGGUGUUUCUGACGUCCCGCUUCGCGACGCUGCAGCGUCGUCGGCCACAUCGGGUAACACAACAUCGGCGAACAACACGUCGGCGAAUUCCCAGGUUAAGCGGCGGUCGAAGACACCGCAAAAUAGGGAGAACGACGCAGAUAGUUCGUCGGAGGAAGAACCUGACGAGGCACCUGACGAGGCACCUGGAAACGACGCUGACAGCGCGCCUGAGCAAGCACCUGAAAAGGCACCUGGAAAGGCACCUGAAAAGAACGCCUUGACGCCUCAGCUCAAGGAUAAGGCGAAGAGCCGCGGGUACCUAGGAGUCCGCCAGAGAGCUUCUGGCCGUUGGAUCGCGGAGAUCAAAGACACGAACCACAAGAUCCGCAAGUGGCUCGGCACGUUCGACACGGCGGAAGAAGCCGCCCGAGCCUAUGACGAGGCUGCGCGGCAGAUCCGGGGAGCAGCCACCCGAACCAACUUCAACCCGCCGAACUCACCUCCCAAGGCGGGAAAACCCGGCGGCGCGCUUAAAGGCCCCCAUGGUUCGGGAAAUAGUAGCCUGCCGCCGAUUCCUUGCUUCGUAGCCGACGCUACGACCUCGCGGAAAACCCUAGACGAGGUUCUCCGGUCCCUGCCUCCCCCCAGGAAAGUCGGCUCGCUGCUUAAGACCUCCCCCGCGCCUCCCCUGCCCCCCUCCGCGGUUGCCGCUGCCGUUUCCGCGUCCGGAUCCGUGGGGUCGGCGGUCGCCCUUCCCCUGAUACAGCCCCCCCCGCGCAGAGGCUCUGCUAGUAUCCUCUCCUCUCCGAGUACUUUCCCGCCCCCGGAUUCUGCGAAUAAUGUGGCGUCGGCUAUUCUGAACGGGCCCGUUGCCGCGCUGCUCUCGAGCUUUGAAUCGCAGCACCAGCAGCAGCAGCUGCAGCAGCAGUACCAGGCGCUGCAGCAGGAGCAGCAGCAGCUGCAGCUACGGAAAGGGCAGCUGCAGCAGUUGCUGCAGCAGCAGUCGCAGGGGCAGUCGCAGGGGCAGUCCCAGCAGUCGCAGCAGCAGUCGCAGCAGCAGGGGGCGUUGACUGCCGCGUUCAGUCCUAGCAACGCGCUGGCAGCCGCAGCAGCGCGGUUUUUCUCCGCCGCGGCUGUAGGCCAAGGCUCCACCCCUCCUCCCGCUGACGCUGCCGUCGCCAUCUCUCUCGCCCUUGCCGCUGCCGCUGCCUCUAACGCAACUGCUUCUAACGCAGCUGCCUCUAACGCCGCUGCUGCUGCCACGAUCUCCACUAGCGGUCCCAGUUCUGCGGCUAUAGGCCAGACCAACCCUCCCAGAAACGCUCUGACCCCCUCACCCCCUCCUUCCAUGCGCGUCCCCUCUGUCGCACAAGCUGUGGCAGCUGCCGCCGCCAACCCUUCGCCCCCUUUCCCCAACGUGACCCUCCCCUCGCCCAGCAAUUUCCCCCGACCCUCCGUGCUCCCCCUCUUCCCACACGCCUCGUCCGCCGCCAGCCGCGCGCGUGACUCCGCCCCUGGCGGCUUCCCCGUCCCCCUCCCGCGCGCUUCCUCCGUCCAACAACCGCUGUCCCAGCACCCGCUGGCCCAGCAACCCAGUGCAGUGUCAGCCGAAGCUGUUGAGUUCGCUGUCGCAGCGGCUGCAGCUGCUGCAGAGAGUGCAGGUGGUGCAGGUUCAACUGGUGUAGGUUCAGCUGGUGCAGGUGCCGGUGAGGCAGGCGGUGGGCUUGGCCAGUAUCAAGAGCAGCAGCAGCAGCAGCAUAUAGCAGCCACCCCCCUCUUCCCCAUGUUCCCCCCGUCUGGGUCGGUUUCCUCCCCCUUGCGCGCCCCUGCGCCCCCCUCGCCCCCCCCAUGGGCGCAAGGGGUGGUCUCUGGAGGGCUGACGGCGCAGCAGCAGCGGCAGGUGCAGCAGGAAAUGCAGCGGCUGGAAGCAGGCUGCAGGGGGGGUGCAACCAGUGCAGGUGUAUCUGAUGCGGGUGGCGCUGCUGGUAUUGCUCUUUCCAGUGCGGUGCUGAGCAGGGGCGCUGCUAGUGCUGCUGGUGCUCCUGCUAGUGGCACCCCAGCUUCCCCGGCUGCUGCUAGUGCUGGGACUGCUCUUAGCAUUGCGGCGGCUUUAAGUGCUGGGGCGGGCCCAACUUCUGGGGGUGCUGUGGCAGUUGUUGGGAAUCAGAAGGCUCUGAAUGACGUCGAGCUGCUGCUACUGCGGGCGCUGCUCGGUGCUGCCCAGAUGCCACAGGCGGCGCUUCACGCUCAGCUGCAGGAGCAGCAGCAGGGGCAGCAGCAGGGGCAGCCACAGCAGCAACAGCAGGCACAGCAGCAGCUGCAACAGACACAACAGCAGGAGCAGCAGGCACAACAAGAAGAGCAGAAACGGCAGCAGCAGCAGCAGCAGGAGGCACAGCAACAGCAACAGGCACAGCAACAGGCACAGCAGCACCAGCAAGAUCAGCAGCAGAGUCAAGCACAGCUGCUGCUGCAGCAGUUAGUGCAAGCAGACAGGGUGGCAGGGACGGGCGGAACUGGCGCAGGGACAUCUGCCGUUACUGGCAACACCACCACCAACACCGCCAACACCAACACCACCACCACCAUCGCCAACACCAACACCACCACCACCACCGCCAACACCAACACCACCACCACCAACACCGCCACCAACAAAGACAACACCACCAACACCACCACAAACGACGACAACAGCAGCGCCGUACCGUCCAUCCCUCUAAAGGCGCUGGCUGCAGCGAUUGCAGCGUGGGGCAAGCAGUACGGAGUCAAUGGCGAGGUGGAGGUGAAACUGGGGGAGGGCGGACCCGGGGGAGGGGGCUUGGUGACCAUCAGAGGGGCAGCCGGAGGGCAGGUGGGGGGGACAGCGGCAGGGGAGGCGGAUAAGGGGGGAGGUAGCGAAGGGGGAGGGAGGAUUGGAGGGGGAGAGGGCGGAGGGGGAGAGGGAACGAGAGGAGGCAGUGGGGCCAGUGGGGAAGGGGGGAGAAAGCCGCCGGUGAUUCAGAUUCUGCCAAGUGGGGUUCGUGUGUCCGGGGACGUUUUCCUGGAGUUCUCUAGAAUGAAUUCCGCCGAGCUUUUUGGCGACCUCGCUGCCCUCUCCUCCGCUCCUCCCCUUCCUCCUGCUCCCUUUGCUCCCCUUGCUCCCGCCACCGCCGCUGCUGCUGCCGCCCCUGCUCCCACCGUUCCUGCUCCCGCUGCACCUGCUCCCGCCGCAGACCCUGCAGCAGCGCAUGCCCUUUUUGCCAUAUCGCUGCCCCCUGCUGGCUCUGGCAUGGCUUUCUUUGCACCCACGCCCCCAGCCGUUGCUGCCACUGGCAGUGCAGGUAGCAUGGGCAACAGAGACAACACGGGCACAGCAGGAUCCGUUCUGCCCUUUGUAUCGCCCGUCUCGGCUGGUUUCGGUGAGCCCGCCUUGCUGCCUACUGCGGUUUCCAGUUAUCACAAUAACCCUACUUUUCACACCAGCCCUAAUAUUUAUAGCAACCUUACUGUUUACAGCAACCCUAGUCUGCAGGGCGGGGCUACAGGCGAGGGAUCAGAGUUGAGCCCCCGCGACACUGAUCCAGCGCUGGCAUCAGUGUUGAGCCUUGGGUUGCAUGCCCCCUCGACCCAUGCCAGCGCUACAGACGCAGCAGCAGGCAGAGAUGCAGUAGUGGCUGCCAUUACAGGCACAGGCACAGGCACAGGACCAGGCACAGGCACAGGCAUGGCUGUGGUUACCAGUGAUGGAUCCGGUGCUGGCUGUGCAUCGACACCUGACAUGCAGAGCGCUGCAAACACGCAGAGCAUUGCAGAGAUGCAGGCCGGGGCAGGAGGGCCGGCAGGGGCAGGAGGAGGCGGAGGUGCAUCAGCAGCCACUUGUACUGCAGCUGAAGCGACCCCUGUCUGUGCUGCACCUUUACCUCCCCCUGCUGCUCCUGCACCUGCAGUAGCCGCUGCUGCGUCUCCCUCUCCUCCCGCCCUUCCCUCCUGGGCCACUCCAUCCAGCCUUCCUCCCAGCGACAGCAAGACACCAUCAGAAGCAGGUGUGGCUGGGGCAGGCUCGACUGGGGCAGGCUCGACUGGGGCACAUGCUACUGGGGUAGCGGGUUCCCCCAGCUGGCCCACCACUGAUGCUGCUGCCUCUGCUGCAGCUGCUGCUGCAGCUGCUGCUGCGUCUGGGGCCACCCCCCGUGCAGGCAUAGGGAGGGGCGGUUGGGGGACGUACAGCAUGGGGCAGUCUCCAGGCCUCAGCGUUUAUCUCUCAGGUCCGGCGGCUCCAGGCUCGGGGACUCCAGGCCCGGGAACCCCGGGCCUGUCUCGCAGCUUCUCCGACAACCCUCUGCUUCGGUUCGCCCGGCUUGACUCCUCGGACCUGUUUGGCUACUCCCCUGGCGUGGCGAUGGCCAGCCCUGGUGCCUUGGGUGGGGCUACCACUGCUGCUGCUGGUGGUGGUGAUGUGGGUGAGCCCAAGGGUAGUCCUCCACAGGCUGUGGCUGCUGCUGCUCCUGCGGCUGUUGCUGCAGACGCAGCCAUAGCUGGGGACAGUGGCAGCAAUGGCAAUGGGGGCGGUAGCAGCGUGAUGGUAGCAGCAGUGAAAUGGGGCUCAUUCAAAUCCCCUCCCAUGCGCUCACCUGCCGCCAUGUCAGCAGCAGCAGCAGCAGUGAGAAGCGGGAAUGCGAGUGGUGCCUAUUCCUCCCCCGCUGCUUGGUCUCACGUUGAGAUGAGCACUCCCGAGGGGCGCCAAGGAGCGGGGACAGAGCUCUCUCUCUCUGCAUCGGCCUGCAAGCCCAAACCCCCCCGCCCUCCCCUCUUCCACUCACCGCCGGCCUCCAGCCUCCCAUCCCCUCCCUUGCCUCCGCCCACCACCAUGCCCCCGUUUCCUGCUGCUGCUGCUGCUGUUGCUGCUGCUGUUGAUGGUGGUGCUGAUGGUGCUCGUGCCAGUGUUGCUGCUGGUGCCUCUUCUGCUGCUGGUGUUACUGGGGCGGCUUCUGCUCCUACUGCUGCUGCUGCGGCUGCGGCUUCUGGUGCUGCUGCUGCAAAUCCGUUGUCUUUGGGGCUUCAUCCGUCGCCUUUGGGGCCUCAUCCGUCGCCUAACACCCUCAACAUGCUCUCGCCUUACACCCGUGGCCGCUGGGAGUUGAAGCGAGCAACGGCGUCGGUGCUGCCCCCCGCAUCAGACGCAGCAGACGACCCGCUGCUCGUCAUAGCGCAGGCAGAGAAGGCUGCCGUCGCUGCCGCUGCUGUCGCUCAGAUGCUUGCUGCACAGGCGAAUGCAGCUAAGGCAAAUGCUGCGCAGGCGAAUGCAGCUAAGGCAAAUGCUGCUACUGAGUCCGCAGCGCAGGCAACAGCUGCCCAAGCUGAUGCUGAAAGGUCGGCUCACAAGCAGGCUCCUUCGGUUCGGGCUUCUGCUGCUGAUGCCGCUGCUGCUACUGCUGCUGCUGCUGCUACUGCUACUGCUGCUGCUGCUGCUACUGCUACUGCUACUGUUGCGAAUGCUGCUGCUAUGGCUGCUGGUGCUGCUGAUGUUACUGAUGCUGGUGGUGAUGCUGCUGGUGAUGGUGGUGGUGGUGAGGGUAGGGAUGAUGAUGCUGCGGCUGCUUCCGGCGCUUGUUACUUUUUCCCGAAGCAGUCAUCGCUGGUGGACCACUGGGUGCACGCCAGCAGCCACACUGCAGCAGAACCAGGGCCGAUAGAAACAGGGCCAUCUGGAGCAGGCCCAUCUGGAGCAGGCCCAUCUGGAGCAGGGCCAUCUGGAGCACCAGCAGUGGCUACUGCAGUAGCAGAGGUUAAAGAGGGACAGGAGGCAGGAGACACACAGGCAGCACAGGACCCUCGAGUAACAGCAGGGACACCAGAGCCACGCUUUCCCAAAUCCCCUCUACAACCAGCAGCAGCAGAAGCAGCAGCAGAGCCACCGCCCGGCUCCACCUCCUCCCCCUCCGUGCCUCCUCCCCCCGCGUUCCCCUUUCGAGUGCCCUCCGGCCCCCUCCCCUUCCCCACGGGAUCCCCCUCUCUCCCCUUCUCUACAGGCAGCCCCUCUCGCGCCGUACCUGCCGGCCCUUUCCGAGUGCCCUCCGGCCCUCUCGCCUUCCCUAUGAGCAGCCCAGGCCUGCCCUUCUCCAUGGGCAGCCCCGCCCUCUCCUCUCUCCUGCACACCCCUGCAGAUGCCUUCAGCCGACAGAAUUCCACAGAUCUGUUUGGCCGUCAAAAUUCCACGGACCUUUUUGGGGAGUCGCUCACGCCGUCCGCCCUCUCGGCUGCGGCUGCCAGGUUCGCCCGCCUCAGCUCAGCCGAGCUGCUGCAUCUGGCGGACUCCCCCCUCAACGGCUCGCCUCUCCCUUCCAUCUCCACCACCACCCCGCCGGUUUUUGGCAGUGGCAGCUCCGGGGGUACCACUGGUAGCGCUGGGAGUGAUGGUGUGGGUGCUGCUGGUGCAAGCGCGGCAGCGGCAGCAGCAGCAGCAGCAGCAGCGGCGGCGGUGGCAGCAGCAGCAGGAGGAGCAUUGGGGCCUUUGCCUGCUCAUGCGACUGCAAGUGCGGCAGCAGGGUUGCAUGCGUCGAGAGUAGAUUCGUCUGAGCUCUUUGGCCAGUGGGUCAACAAGUGGCCCUCGCCUGUUGCCAACAAGUGGCCCUCUCCUGUUGCCAACAAGUGGGCCUCGCCUGUUGCCAACAAGUGGCCCUCGCCCGUUGCCAACAAGUGGGCCUCUCCUGUUGUCAACAAGUGGGCGUCCCCCAACCCUAAGGCCGCUAGCUUCCCCUUCUCCCUGCCUGCCGCUGCUGCUGCUGCUGCUGCCACUCCUGCUGCUGCUUCUGCUGCUGCUGCGGGGGCAGCCACUGCCGUCGCUGCCCCUGAGACUGCUUCAGUUGAUGGUGCGGCUUCUGGUAGUGGUGCCGCUGGUGCUGCUAGCAAUGCUGCUGAUGGUGAUGGUGCUGCUGCUGAUGCUGCUGGUGCUAGUGUUGCUGGUGAUGGUGCUGAUGCUGCUGCUGGUGCUGCUAAUGCUGCUGAUGAUGUUGCUGCUGGUGAUGGUGCUGGUGGCGCUGCUGCUGGGAUUGGGGAUUCAACGCCGGCCAAGGGAAGCACACGGUUCGCAGCAGAAGCCGCUGCAGCAGCAAAUGCAUUAUCGGCUUCAGCUGCGACUGCCUCUGCAGAGCUGGACGCCUCUCAGACCGCAGGCAGUGCCACUGUUGCUGCGUCUGUGUAACGCAGCACUGAAUGCGUCUGACCGCCCUCCUCUUCCUGUACAUCAUAAGAUACCGUAUGAUGGUAUCUGCCUAGGCUGCUGCGUCAGACUCUCAAGAGCUGGACACACCUCUUGAAACCCAGGCAGACAAUGCCACUGUUGCUGCGUCUGUGAAGCAGCACUGAAUGCAUUUUAUGGCUCUCUUGUACAUGCAGUGGCCUCAUGCAUUUUGCUGUUGACCGCAUUGCUGUAGAAGGGAAGCCAGCAAUAAGAGUCCUCAUCUCAGCUGGUACUAGCAUUGUAUUCUGAAAGCUUGCUUAGGUCCCCUUGUAAAGGCAGCGUGCUUCAUUUAAUUUGGGAA